GACAAUCACGCGCACAAACGCGCGCAAUUAAAAUUGGUCUAAAACUUAAGAGCGAAGGUUAUGCAAAUAAUGGUAGUGAUGGGUAAGAUUUUGAUAUGUGGGCUGUAUAUCAUUAGUGCUGCUGCCUCAAUAAAUGCACUUGAUAAUGGUUUGGGUUUGACCCCACAAAUGGGAUGGAAUUCCUGGAAUCAUUUUCAUUGUAAAAUCGACGAAAAAAUAAUACGAGAGACAAUCGUCGCAUUGUCUAAUUCACCUCUCAGUAAAGUUGGUUAUGAGUAUGUCAAUAUUGACGACUGUUGGGCUGGAAGUCGUUCAUCUAGUGGAGAAAUUUUGGUAGACGUAAAAACAUUUCCAAAUGGCAUAGCUCCUUUGGUUGAUUUGGCUCAUUCAGUUGGACUAAAGUUGGGCAUUUAUAGCGACGCAGGGUUUAAAACAUGCGCAGGACGGCCUGGAUCCUUGAAUUAUGAAGUUAUUGAUGCUAAUACAUAUGCCAGUUGGAAAAUUGAUUAUUUGAAGUAUGAUAAUUGCCACACGGAUGGAACAAAACCUGAGAUACGGUAUCCAAAAAUGCGCGAUGCUCUCAAUCAGACAGGUCGACCAAUAUUCUUUUCAAUGUGUGAGUGGGGCAUUGAUGACCCUGCAACAUGGGGACAAAAUGUAGGAAACAGCUGGAGAACCACAUAUGACAUAAAAGAUAACUGGGACAGUAUGAUUUCGAUAGCAGAUGAAAAUGACAAGUGGUGGAAAUAUGCAAAACCUGGUGGCUGGAAUGAUCCAGACAUGUUAGAGGUUGGCAAUGGCAACAUGUCAAAUGUGGAAUACAAAACACACUUUAGUUUGUGGUGUCUGAUGAAAGCUCCACUUCUGAUUGGCUGUGAUAUUCGAAACAUAUCACCUGAAACAAUGAACAUACUCACAAAUACUGAUGCCAUAGCAAUCAAUCAAGAUCCGCUAGGCAUCCAAGGUCAUAAGAUCCGUUCCAAUGGAAUUCUAGAAGUAUGGGCUGGACCAUUGAAAGAUCAUUCAAUGGCUGUCAUAUUGUUGAACAAAGGUACUAGCAUUGCUACAAUAUCUGUAUCAAGUGAUGAACUUGGUUUUGAAGAGGAUAAUUUAAUCAGUGUAUAUGAUAUAUGGCAGCACAAAAAUUUGGGAAUUUUUGCUGGCAAAUUUUCAGCUGAAGUUGAAGCUCAUGGUGUAAUGUUUGGAAAGUUUACCAGGAUGGAUGGUCAUUUUGUAAAUUUUUGAAGUUUUUUUUGACAUAUGUCUAAAGGCAACUAAAGAGGAAGGAUAAUUGGAAAUAAGUUUUGUCGCUGACUCCACAAUUUGUGCAGGAUAUAACCAACCUUUACUGUGUAAUUUAUGUAUUUUAUAAUUUAUUUUAAAAGGUAAUUAAACCAGCAAAUUGCAUAA